AUGCGUCAGAGCCGUGAGUGCCAGGUGCCCAUUCCCGGAUGUACACGGCUGCUGGUGAUUGGUCCUGAGAAUGGAAAGGACUUCCAGCUCAUUAAGGGCUCUAUGAAGCGGAACGGAUUUCCUGUCAUGGUGCUGCAGAGGCAUGAGUUCUGCCAACACAUCCCCAACGUCAACCUGACCAGCGGAGACGCAGCAUUUGCGGAAUCCACUGCUGGAGUUCUGAACACAGAGCGAGCAGCUAGAGCAGCACAGGUAGAUUUCCAUAGACAUGGUGGUGUGAUCCAGGACACAGAAUUGCUACAAAUGAAUCCUGGCUUUGUGGCGACUGGAGCUGGCUUGUGAAGGGUGAGAAAUCUGGUGAUCACAGCAGGUUCCUGGGCCAACAUGUUCCUCUCACACAUUGGACUGCAGCUGCCACUGAAGGUGGUGAAGAUAAAUGUGUGUUACUGGAUAGAGAAGCUUCCAGGCUCCUACAGCGUCAAUAACCGCCUCCCUUGCUUCGUCCAGCUGCUGCCAAAGAAGGCAGAGGAUGACAUCUAUGGCCUCCCAUCCAAUUAGUGUACAAGACUGAUGAAGUCAAACAGCUUGUAGGUCACAGACGAGUGCCUCUUUGUCCUGGAUCUUCACCCUUCACCUACAGCGGCACUGUGAUUGGAGCUGGAUGCUCAGACAGUGCAGUGAAGCAGAAGGAUCAUAACACAGCGAGUUACACAGUUCCAUCAUGCUCCAGUUCGGAAGCUUCUCUGAGCCGUCCAAUUGCAUUAGGGCUCAGGAGGGACAU